AUGCACGAUGUAGAACUGCUUACUGAAAAGUCUAAGAAGAGGUUGAGAACGGCAGAAUUAGCCGCCUCAGCGCUUAGUGCAAUCCACACAAGCGCCCCAGACUACCCUCAACAACAUGGAAAUACACGUGUAGCAUUACCUGAACCCUCGACCCUUUCCUCUCCCUCUCACCCGAACUUCAUCCACAGUCCCCGUCCCCAUAUCCCUACUUCUCGUCUUCUCCCACUACUCAUUCUGCACACUAUUCAAUCUACAAUGCUCCGUGGCGUUCGUCGUUUGUUUCAUCCCACAAAAUCUAUCAGACUUGAAGUCAUCAGCGGCAAAAAUAUCAAAGUCCCUUCCGACCGCAUUCCCGCAGGCAUUUACAUAUCCUUCAAUGUCCAUCCCAAGAGACGCUGGAAAUCAACUAUCGGAGUACUAGCAUCAGACGAAUCUGUAGCGUGGGGCGAAACCGUGACCCUAUCAUUAUCCAAGUCACCAAAAUUAUCAGUGGAGAUCAGGGCUUCCUUCGAGCUCGAUUGCAUGCUGGGCAAUGGAGAAGUUGUUGGAAAGCUCAAAACAUCAUGGGAUGCGCUGCUCGAUCAUGGAAAUGAGCCUUUUGACAUCUCCUUCCCGUCUGUUCGUGGUGUUCACCCUUCCCUCACAUUAAAGGCCACGGUUCUACGUAAUUGCGACAAUCAGGACAGCGUCCUUCCAUCGUUGAACGUCAGAUUGCUCAAGACACGGAUGCUGGGCCAUGAACGAUUUGCCACAUACGUGACAAGCAAGACGGUCUCUCACCUGAACGAUGCUGUAAAUCAUUUUCAGUUGGUCCUGGACCAAUGUCCGGUCGGCCAUCCUCACCGGGCAGCGGCUCUCACCAACCUCGCGUGGGCCCGCCUCGAAGGCUACAUUCGAAACGAUCAAGACAUCGACUCUAUCACUUGUCUUUUCCGCGAAGCCCUUGCAUUGCGUCCGCAGGGCCACCCCGAUCAUCCAUCAUCCAUCGAUCACCUCCUUAAAGCGUUAAUCCAGCGCUACCGCAAGGAGCGCACCGCCGUCUAUAUCCAGGAAUGCGCGCAACUGUCCUGCAAGCUAUUGCCCCUCUGUCCAGAGGGAACCUACCUUCGUAGCAUCGCGGCAGGGGAAAAUGGCAUCGAUCAUGUGAUCCGUGAAUGCAACGAUCUUCCAAUAGACGCAUCUGAUGAAGGCAUCCACCUUUGUCGAGUCGUACUCGAGCUCUGCCCUCUGGGCAACAAACAUCGUCCAGAAACACUAGAUAAACUUUCACGGGCUUUCAGCACACAUUUUGAACAAUGCGGCAGCAUUAAUGAUAUAGACGAAUGCAUACAACAUAGUCGUGAAGCCGUUUCUCUGUGCUUCGAGGGACAUUCUAGACUCGAGACCUACCUGAUUACCUUGGCCCACUCACUCCAGUGCCGCUUUGAUCAUCAAGGUAACUCAGAUGACCUCAAUGAGGCCAUCUCUUUGUACGAAAAAGCGCUGUGCCUACGCUCUGAUGGGCACAGAUAUCGUGAUUUCUCGUUGGACAACCUAGGAGGCGCACUCUCCAAGCGUUUCCUUCAACGUAGUGAUGUUAACGACAUCAUCAGAUCCAUCAGCCUCCGGCGCGAGGCACUGACGUUGCGCCCGCCUGGGAAUCCAUAUCGUGAUUCCACGCUUAACAACCUCGCCCUCGCGCUCAAAACCAGAUAUAUGAAAUUGGAUGCCAGCGAGGAUCUCGACGAGGCCAUCGACCUCUACCGGGAUUCACUUCAGUUAACGCCGCAUGGCCAUCCGCGUCGCCACAUAGGUCUUUUCAAUUUGAGCUCGGCGCUCUGUUCUCGUUUCACGCAAACUCGGAAGAAUGAAGAUAUCGAGGAGGCCAUUCGACUCUGCCAAGACGGGUGGCUGAAGAAUACUUAUUUGUCUCAUUACCAAGCGCAACACAACCUCGCUGAUUUGUCGCUCGCUGUAGAGAACUUCAGGCUGGCGUCGAGGCACCCUACUCAGGGCUUUCCAAAUCGUAUCGCAACAGCCCAGGACUGGGUUGCCAUAGCAGAGCAGCACAGUCAUACAUCUGCAUUGGAGGCCUACAUCACAUGUUUUGACCUUCUUGACGGUCAUUUGGCAACACGAUCGUCAACAAUUUCACGGCGCGAAGCUGCUGCUGCCUUCAGUAGUGCAAAAUCACUGCCUGUAGAUGCAGCAUCAUGUGCCAUCCGUCGUGACAAUCUACGACGUGCUGUCGAACUCGUGGAGCAGGGUCGUGGCCAGCAGUGGUCCCUGGCCUCUCGUCUGAGAAGUCCCCUUGAAGACCUCGAGUCGACAAAUGCCAACCUUGCUCACGAGUUCUCGGAGCUCAGCAAGCGUCUUUCUGACGCUCAAGCUUCCGCCGGCAGCGUUGACCGAGCUGCUGCUGAUCGAGCAGCGAUACAUUACAGGAGACUUCAGGAGCAGUGGGGAACAGUUGUAGCUGAGAUCCGUAAUCUUCAAGGUUUCUCACAGUUCCUGCUCCCGCCUUCUUAUGAAGACUUGCAACCGGCGGCACGUCAUGGUCCAGUCAUCAUCCUCGUUGCGAGUCAAUACUCAUGUAGUGCCAUCGUUGUCCCCACGUCAGGAGAGCCGCACCACGUUCAAUUCCCGCGCAUCACUCUCACACAUCUGGAGAAUCUCAAGAAUGACUUUGCGAGGGAAAUACGACUUGCAUCUUUCAUGCGCUCAGAGGAGACAAGGAAGGAAUUGCAAGUCCUCUUGCGGACAGUAUGGGACGAGAUCAUGCUCCCCAUCGUCAUCGUCCUCCAGCGUGAUCUCAGAGUACCGAGCGGCUCUCGAAUCUGGCUGUGUCCAACUGCAACAUUCACUUCCAUUCCUCUCCAUGCAGCUCACCCCUUUCGAACGAAAGCAGACGGACGGCGUGAACUAUGCCUGGAGGACGUCUACAUCUGUUCUUACACGCCGACACUUUCAGCUCUGAUAAGAUCUAGGCAGAUGAUGAAGAAACGUGCGACUCCGUCAUUUGUUGUAAUUGGACAAAGUUCACCGGGUGCGGGGCAAGGCAAGGCUCUCUUGACUGUCGACAGCGAGCUUGAGCUCGUCCGCAAGCUCGUCCCCACGACGGCCAACACCACCACUCUCUCCGGCGAUGAUGCCACUCAAGCAGGUGCACUCGAUGCUUUGCAACGCAACACUUGGAUGCAUCUCGCUUGUCAUGGGAAGCAGGACCGCGAGCAGCCUUACUAUUCAUGUUUCGCCAUGAGAGACAAACCUCUGACGCUGCUCGGACAUCAUGGAGAAAGACAUUCCUCACGCUGA